GCAGCCUCGCUCUGGGGUUGGAGCCUGCGCGCUCGCUCCCCGCGACCCCCACCCCUAACCUCCCAUCCCCGGCCCGCUCCGGCGGACAGGGCUUUCUCUUCCGCGCACCAUGCCGCUGUGCCGGCCCCGGCGUGGCGGCCCGGCCCAAGCCCCGCCGGCCGCGGCGAGCGAACGCAAGAGGCCAUGAUCUGGCUGGGCGGCUGGUGCGCGCGGUGGCCCCGCGGCGCGGCGGUCCCGGCCGGGCGGCGCUGGGUGGCGGGCGGGCCGGCAGGCCGGGCGGGCGGCCGCGCCCUGCGGGUGCUGGUGGACCUGGACGGCGUACUGGCCGACUUCGAGGGCGGCUUCCUCAGGAAGUUCCGCGCUCGCUUCCCCGACCAGCCCUUCAUCGCGCUGGAGGACCGGCGCGGCUUCUGGGUGUCCGAGCAGUACGGCCGCCUGCAACCUGGGCUGAGCGAGAAGGCCAUCAGCAUAUGGGAGUCGGAGAAUUUCUUUUUUGACCUUGAGCCUCUGCCAGGGGCUGUGGAAGCUGUGAAGCAAAUGGCCAACCUAGAAAACACUGAUGUCUUCAUCUGCACGAGCCCCAUAAAGAUGUACAAGCACUGUCCCUACGAGAAGUAUGCCUGGGUAGAGAAGCACCUUGGCCCCGACUUCCUGGAGCAGGUGGUGCUGACCAGAGACAAGACUGUGGUCUCUGCUGACCUCCUCAUAGAUGACCGGCCAGACAUCACAGGCAAGUGGCCUGCCACAGGGGCCGAACCCAACCCCAGCUGGGAGCACGUCCUCUUCACGGCCUGCCACAACCGGCACCUGCCGCUGCAGCCCCCCAGCCGCAGGCUGCUCUCGUGGGCGGACGACUGGAAGGCCCUUCUGGACAGCAAGCGGCCCUGCUGAGGCGGCUGUGCUCCGGGCUCCUCCGUGGCGCCCUGACCUCAGGGCGCCCCGCUCAGGGUCUAGGGGCUAGUGCUCUGGCCUAGGGGCUGCCUCUCAGGUGCCCCAGGCCCGCUGCAUGUCUCCUCCCUUUUCCGAGCCCCGCCAGGCCUUAAACUGAUCUUGCAGGACUGGCCCAUGGGCACCGGACGGGACUCGUGCAGCCGGGCGGUGCAGGCGGCCGUCCGGCCGUGGCCAGGCUGCUCCAGAUAAAGGGAGCAAGGGCAUCGUUCAGAGGACCAGCAGCCCUCCUCCCCUCUCAGGGUGUCCCUGCCUCCCCGGCCCGGCGGUGAGGACGCCAGCUGCCUCCUGCUCUGGGAGGGCGAUGAGCAGGGUCAGGUGGCGUGGCCCCUCGCAGCCUCAGCCACGGCCCCUUCCCCUGGCCUCCCUGGUCUGGGGUCCCCAGCACCCCGCCAUGCAUUCGGCACACCCUCACUGAGUUCCAGGGCCACGCGUGCGGCUCUGCCUUUGACCAGCCAGAGGGUCCUCACCCCUCGUCCCUGGUCCCACUCAGGGCCCAGCAGAAUCAUCAGGCUUGAACGUUCGUUGAAAAAUAAAUGCUUUUCUUGUGUC